GGGAAAGAGCUGGGAGGACUGAGGCGGCCGUUUAAGGGAGGCCGGCCGAGGGGGUCCCUAUGUUGACUAGUUGAGACAAAUAUAAAUAUGGCCUUCUACACUUGUAAUACAGUCUUAGCUACUGCCCGAACAAGAUUCCCAUUUAAAUAAAAGAUACGUGAAGAACUAUGGAAGCAAGAAGUACUCCCAUUCUAGCCAGUCAGGCAAUAGAGUACUUCACUUACAAACUAGAAUAAUACAAAAGCUACACACAUCAACAUGCUGGCUUCAGGAGGUCCCUGGUAAACCUCAGCCAGAGCAAACCACAGAACAGCCACAGGUGACAAGCCCUCAGCCCACAAAAGAAACUGGCACGAAGAUUAAGGAAGUAAAGCGAUCUUAUAGACAAAUAAUCCUGGAUGAACUUAAAUAUUAUUACAAUGGAUUCCACUUGCUUUGGAUUGACACCAAAGUUGCUGCCAGAAUGGUUUGGAGGCUGUUGCAUGGACAGGUGCUGACAAGACGAGAGAGACGAAGGCUGCUGAGAACUUGUGCUGAUCUCUUCCGCCUGGUUCCAUUUCUGGUGUUCAUAAUUGUACCUUUUAUGGAAUUCUUAUUACCAGUGUUUCUGAAACUCUUCCCAGAAAUGUUGCCAUCAACUUUUGAAAGUGAAUCCAAAAAGGAAGAAAAACAGAAAAAGAAAAUGGCUGCAAAGUUGGAACUAGCAAAAUUUCUCCAAGAAACAGUUACAGAAAUGGCAAGGAGGAACAGAGCCAAGCUGGGAGAUGCCUCUACACAGUUCUCAUCCUACAUAAAACAGGUCCAGACAGGCCACAAGCCCAGCACAAAGGAGAUAGUUCGCUUUUCCAAACUAUUUGAGGAUGAGCUAACCAUGGAGCAUUUAGAUCGACCUCAGCUGGUUGCCCUUUGCAAAUUGCUAGAAUUGCAGGCCUUUGGAACCAACAAUUUGCUCCGCUUUCAGCUCCUGAUGAAACUGAAGUCUAUAAAGGAAGAUGAUGAAGUGAUUGCCAAAGAAGGGGUGAGUGCCCUGAGUGUGUCAGAACUCCAGGCUGCCUGCAGGGCCCGAGGAAUGAGGUCACUGGGUCUCACUGAGGAACAGCUGAGACAACAGCUUACAGAGUGGCAGGACCUGCACCUGAAGGAGAAUGUCCCUCCUUCUCUUUUGCUCCUGUCACGCACUUUCUACCUGAUAGAUGUGAAGCCAAAGCCAAUUGAGAUACCCCCAAGUGUGGAGGUUCCAAAGUCUGAUAUUCCUGUAGGAUCAUCUGCUUCCCCUGAAUCUAAAGAGAACAUGGUGGAUUUUGCACCUCAACUGACGGAAACUAAGGAUGAAGAAUUUGUACAACUGCCACCAGUUACAUCCUCAUCACCCAUAACACCAUCAACACCCAUUUCAUUACCUAAAGGAUCCAUCCCUUCUUCAAAAGAAACUACACUCCAGGCCAACUCACAAAACACAUCCCAGAACAGCAAGGCUAGUUCAAAAGGAGCCUAAAGACCACUUGAGGAUGAAGCUUACCUCUCUCCAGCUUCCUGCCCAGAGCAGUGGCACAUUCACAGAAGACAUCCCAGCUUAGACUAUCUGUGUCUGGUUUGAGAUAGAUGAUCAGCCAUUUAGUCCUUGGGGCAGUCCUUUGAGGCCUUGUCACCAUGCAGCAGUAAGACCAAGUUCAGACCAUUUAGAGAAAUAUAGUUGCCAAGUUCAUUCUCUCUGUAACACUCUGUCACCCUACUAAACUUUACCAACUAUACAUGUAUAAAGCCAGCCCUCCACCCAGUUGUUUUUGAACAGCUUCAUAUUUGUGCACAUGUCCUUUAAGGGAGGAAAGUUUUUACAUAAUGGAAUCAGCUUGGUGCCUUGGAUACCUCUGUCUCCUAUGGCUUGGAAUCCCGAGUAAGAACCUGGAAACACCAAAAACCAUUGUAAGAACAGUUGACUAACCAACUUCUUCAGAGUGAUUCAUCAGUAGGAACAGUGCCCUGGAAACCAAGUACCUAUGAGGCGGAUGGAUAUCCUCUCCAGUAAAGCCUGGAUAUAGUCUCUGGAUAUAAAGAAGUUUCUCAGAGGAGAAAAUGGAGUUAAACAGACUGGCAAUCAAAAAGGUUUUGGCAGCUGGUCGGCUGUUCUGACAUCCCCUUCUUGGCCCUGCAGAGGCUGCAGGAAUCUGGGAGGCUGCCACUAUUCUAGCACAUAUGGCUUUUAUUAGCCACCAUUUUGCAAAGAAACAUAAUUAAGGGUUUAAGGCUUAACCAUUUGUUUGUGCUGGGUGUGUAUUUUUCUGGUCUGUCUGUCUUUCACAAAUAAGGCUAAUUGUUAGUCAUAGGGGUUGUUAAAGUCUGAUAUAAUCCCUAUGCUACCCUGUAACAAGUAUUAUGCUCAGAUAUUUAUGUUUGGUGUUUUCAGUAUUGUCAGUACUUAAUAUAUUAAAACUGCCAUGCAGCUGACCAACAGCUUCUUCUCUUGGGAAGAGGUUAGAAGGGAAAAGGUAUUCCAGACUGUGGGUGAUGAAAUCAGACUUCUUGCUGUGAAACUGAGAGCAGUUAUAUGGGAGUCAGUUAAACCAAGUGAAACGUCAGUCUGCCCUGUCUGGUGAAAUCACCUACGUGAAGACUGUCACCUGCACUUCACGGAGCAA